GCCGUGCAGCUUUCGCUUUUGAUUUCUCGUUUAAAUUUUAGUUUGUUUUCUCAUAAGUUUCAUAAAUUUUUAAACACUUAAUAAGUGAUUUUAGAUUUUCCAUGGUCGUUAUUCUUGGAUUUUAAGUGUAAGAAGGCAGUUUCGACAUUUUGGAAUUCGUUGAUCAGCGCGAUGGUCAUUUAAGUCUGGAUAUUCUUGGGCAAAGCUGUUGCGCUCUCGUGUGGGUUGCUCAACCCAAAAUCCAAUACCAUGGACGAGGAUGAGGAUAAGGAAUUGACCGCAGAGCAGACUGACAUCUUGAUUAAUUUUCAGAACUUAUCGGGAUUAGACGAUUUAAAUCAUUGCCGACAGAUCCUAGAACGCAGUGGCUGGGAUCCGAAUAUUGCCGUUCAACACAUAUUUGGUGAGCCAGAGCCAGCUGUCGAAGAUACCCAAGAACGAGGAAUGGGAGAAGGAUCACUGCAUGAACCGGUGUCUCCACGUUCUCCUGCAUCCGCCACGCCCCGCGUUGCCAUAUCUCCUUCCACUCACAGGUCAUACGAAGGUGGACCAGCCCCCAUCGAACGGUGGGGCUGGAUGGAAUGGGUCAGGGCCGGGGCGGUGUUUCCUUUCCGUUUUGUAUUCAACUCGAUAUACGAGAUUCUGAAGUUUGUGUGGUCGUUUUUUGCGUCUGGAAAUCCCCGUUUUGCCCCCAGCACUCCAGUUCAAGAUGUUCAAAAGUUUAUCGAGGACUUCGAACACAAAUAUGGUGUACAACAUCCUGUUUUCUACCGCGGAGGUUACAAAGAGGCAUAUAGCGAUGCCAAGAAAGAGCUGCGUUUUCUUCUCUUGUAUUUGCAUCAGGAUAGCGACAGCGAUUCCGAUCGUUUUUGCGCAGAUGCUUUAACCAACCCGGAAGUUGUGGCACUGAUAAACUCUAAAACACUCUUCUGGGCUUGUUCUACGCAGUUGUCGGAGGGAUACAAAGUUGCUCAAGCGCUUCAAGCUACUCGAUUCCCAUCCUUGGGCCUGAUAGCUUGCAAAAGUGGCCAAAUGACCCUUGUGGGACGUCUUCAUGGCUAUCAUGCUCCACGGGAGCUGAUUGAUCGACUGAAUCAGUUGUUUUCCGCCAAUGAUCGGCAUUUAAACGCCGCGCGGAUGGAACGCCGGCAAUUGGAUAUGAAUCAAACAUUACGAAGAGAGCAAGACGAAGCGUACCAGAAGUCUUUGAAGGCAGACCAGGAUAAGGCACGGUCUAAGUUGGAAGAAAAAAUGCGAAAAGAAAUGGAGGAAAGGCACCAAAGAGAAGAAGCCGAGCGUCAAGAAAGAGAGGAAAAAAUGCGAGGCGAGAAUUUGGCAUACCGCAAACAAGAAGCUUUUAAAAAAAUGCCAAGAGAGCCCGAAGAAAAUGCCACGGAUAUGUGCCGAGUUAGUAUAAAAUUACCGGAUGGGAAAAAUUUGAAGCGACGAUUUCUGAAAUCCGAUACAGUUGCGGAUCUGUAUAACUACAUCUUUUCCCAACCGGAUGCUCCAGAGCAUUUCGAAGUUUUCACCAGUUACCCUCGAAAAUCCAUUGAUUGUAAACCUGAUACAAAUAAGGUGAUUGCUACGCUUGAUCCGGGGAACGCAAUUGCCUUGAUAGUAGAAGAGAAAGAGCUGGAAAGUGAUUCCGAGAGUGAUUUACGAACGACGACACCCAGAUGAAUACUGGACUUUCACUACUCAUUGUGACUGUCGGUCAGAUUGGACCUAGUGAAUUUGGACGUUAAAUCAGUUCUGUAGACUUUCCGUCUGGUUUCAUUACUGAUCUGUUUUACUUGUUGUGGUGUUUGGCAGUUUUAUCUGUGGUGUUUUAAGGGUUCUGUAAAUUUGUUUUUAUUUCACAAUAUUGAGCAGUGGUAUCGAACGCAUUCAGUGAAUUACUUGUGGUAGUAG